GGUCGGAGCCGCUGUGUCCCCGGUCUGGCACGUUCCUAGCCAAAUUCUCCACGGUGUACAAUUGGAUCCCCCGUUAUUACCAAAAUCAACCCCCCCCUCUUCAAUCCCCAACAAUCAGGAUUAUAUCACCGACUAACGCUCAUCUCCAAAUCCGCACUAAAGAGUUCAGAAGAUGGCGGUGGUUAGCGGGAUGUCGGGGUCGGCUGUAGCCCGGCUGGAGGGCCGAGAAUUCGAGUAUCUGAUGAAGAAAAGGUCGGUGACCAUCGGACGGAACUCCUCUCAGGGCUCCGUGGAUGUGAGCAUGGGACAUUCAAGCUUCAUCUCCCGGCGACACCUCGAGAUUUUCACGGCAGGAGAGGACAGCACGGGCACGGGGGACUUCUAUCUGCGCUGCCUGGGAAAAAACGGGGUUUUCGUGGAUGGGGUGUUCCAGAGAAGAGGGGCUCCACCUCUCCAGCUCCCACGAAUAUGUUGUUUCCGGUUCCCCAGCACAAGCAUAAAGAUCACGUUCACAGCACUGUCCAAUGACAAGAAGGAGCCAAGGAACGUGCCGGAAUCACCGGUCAAGCCCGUCCAACCUCAAAUCUCUCCACUGACCAUCAACAUUCCCGACAACAUUGCCCACCUCAUGAGCCCGCUGCCUUCACCCACCGGCACCAUCAGUGCAGCAAACUCCUGUCCAUCAAGUCCCAGGGGGGCGGGACUUUCCAGCUACAGGACGGGUCGUGUCCUGGCCUCCGACCUGAUUGGAGACAACUCCCAGUCAGAAAACGACAAAGAUGCCUCAGGUGAAGACAGUCCAAAGGAUGACUCAAAACCUCCGUAUUCCUACGCACAGCUAAUAGUCCAAGCGAUCACCAUGGCCCCGGACAAACAGCUGACUCUGAACGGGAUCUACACCCACAUCACCAAGAACUACCCAUACUACAGAACAGCUGAUAAAGGCUGGCAGAACUCGAUCCGCCACAAUCUGUCCCUCAACCGGUACUUCAUCAAAGUGGCCCGCUCUCAGGAGGAGCCUGGGAAAGGAUCAUUCUGGAGGAUCGACCCGGCGUCUGAGGGGAAACUGAUCGAACAGGCCUUCAGGAAACGCCGACCACGAGGAGUGCCGUGUUUCAGGACUCCUGUGGGGCCGCUCUCCUCCAGGAGUGCUCCAGCUUCUCCCAACCACACAGGGGCGCUGUCUGCCCACUCAAGCGGAGUCCAGACCCCAGACAGCUUGUCCAGGGAGGGCUCCCCUGUCCCCAUGGAGCCUGAACAAACCCCUCCCCCAGCUCCCACCACGGUCCAGCCCAAACUGGCCGUCAUCCAGGAGGCCCGCUUCGCACAGAACUCCCCCGGCUCCCCCCUAAACAACCAGCCAGUGCUGAUCGCCGUGCAGCGCCCCAUGCCUCAAACGACCAUGAAGCCUGUGACCUACACCAUGGCCACACCGGCCAUCGUGACAACGUCUGUUAGCUCCAGCCCCGUCAUGCAGACUGUUCAUGUGGUCCACCAGAUCCCGGCUGUCACCAUGGCAACUGUUGCUGGACAGCCUGCUGCUACAGUGAGCCCAGAACCUCAGGAGAACGGCGGUGGAGACCACCAAGAGGUCAAAGUCAAAGUAGAGCCCGUCCCCUCCAUCACAGCCUCCUCUAUAGGUGGAGUCAGCCGGAUCAUCCAGAGCUCACAGGCCGCUCCUCUGACCACGGUGACCAUCGUCCAACAAGCCCCACUUGGUCAGCACCAGCUCCCCAUAAAGGCCAUCACACAGAACGGGACUCACCUGGUCCCCAUCAGCACUGCUGCGAGCACAGCAGUUGCAAACCCGCUUCACCUCCUGGCGGCCCACGCCUCAGCCUCGGCGUCCCUUCCCACUAAGAGGCAGAAUGGAGAACUGCAGGAUCAGCCCGAGUCGAAGAGGGUGAAAACGGAAGAGGACGAAGAGGAGGAGGAGGACGCUGCUGCUAACAAGAAUGGCACCAGGAGCCGAGCCGGAGAGGGCGGGGUCAGCGAACACAUCAGUGGCAAGUAGCCUGACCCCCCCCCACCCCCCCAACCCGAAUGCAGUGAGCCUCACCCCUCCAUCCAUAUACCAUCAUCACCGACUCUGAGGUGCCAAACAGCGACGAGACACGGAAACAGCCGCAGGACUCCGGAAACCCUCUUCCAUUUAUUUAACGACCACGAUGCAAAAACUAGAGACCAAACUGGAGACGUUAAAGAGACGACUGUGAAGCACAGGAAGAUUUAUUAUUAAAAAAAAAGACUUCUGAGCGAUCCUGAAACCCCAAAGACAAGAGGGAGCCUCAUCUUGGUAGCAUUAAAGCGCUUAAACUGUAUUGGAUAGAAGAGAAAACCACGUCCAAUCAGCAGUAAGGGAAGUCAGUGUUUGUAUGUGGACAUUCCCAUCUUUGGCAGCUAGCCUCCGUGUCGACCUCCCUAACCCCGUCGUGAGUAGAAAUGCAGUAUUCUGUCGUACAAGUGAUCUUUUCUCCAUGUUUCCCGAGGCACAGAAACUAUCCAGUAAUAAUGACAAAGCUAUAGGUGGGCUCUUUGACACAUUUAGACUUUGGGACUCUGUUUUUGUUUAAAGUGAAAUGAAUGUAGUCUCCUUUUUUGUUCCUUUGAGAGAAAACACUAUCUAUGGAGUGGAUGUUAUGUUCUCUGCUCAGUCAUGCAAAAUGAAAUUUCUUUAUCACUGUACAUCUGCAGAUUUUUUCAUAUUUUACAAAUAUCCUAUGAGAUCAAAGUAUAUUCCCAUGCGUAUUUGACCAUAUGCUUCGUCGAGCUUGCAUGUAAACGGAUGUAGACACGAGCAGAUUAUCUGAAUAUGGAACUGAAGAAACUUUAGACUGAAUCUAAUUCUGACCAGUGCUGCACUUAACCCGACUCUGUUGUUUUUGUAUUUUCGUUCCUGCCAUGGAUGUGUUUGUUACCUUUGUGUUAGACUCUUUUCAACCUUCUGUUCAGGCGACUAAACUUCAGAUUGUACUCGAUGUUACACGAGGAAAAACAAGUGAUAGCUGUUUGUUCUGCUUCAGUGGGUAAAUGCUUUUUUUUUUAUAAAUUUAUUUAAAACAC